AUGAGACCAAAGCACACCCCAGCUAUUCCGCCACUUCCUCGGUUGAAGAUCCGGUCGUCGGGCAAGAAAGGUGCAGCAGCAGGAAAGUGCGCUGUGGUGAUGUCUCAGAUGCUGAACUGCUGGGCUGCCAACGGGGAAGGUGCCGCAGCUUGCAAAGAACUAGAACAGCAGCUUAGAGAGUGCAUGUACUCCAAGAAGACCGUCACCACCAAGUCUAGCCCAAUGAUCAACUUCCAUGCCUCUCGUUUGCUACCCAAAAUUCACCGCAAGGCCGACGAUUAA